UCCGCGUCUGGCAGCGCAGCAGCAGAUGCCCCGUCCAGCCUUUAAGUCCGCUAAGUCCCUGUAGGCCAAUUAACCGCCAUGAAGACCCAAAUCCCCGCCUACUUGUCCACUUUUUGACCGACGAUGGAGACGAACGCCGCUUCAUCGCUCUAUAACCACACCGUGAAGCGACAGCCCGCCAUCAGCAGACGACCACUAGUUGGGAAAGAAAGUCAGACGCCUUCCUCCAGAGAUAUGCAUCUAUCGUUUUUCGCGAUUCUAGUUUGAAGUGAGGUCCUUACGGUCGUCCUGAGCUCUGAAGAGAAGGUCUGCACCCGUCGUUGAUCUACUCGGAGUUCCGUGGAGUGUUUCUGCAGGUCGGGGUUGUGCACCAUGGAAACGCACACUGAUGUGCUGCUGAUCACCGCCAAUGUGGGCUCACUGUUUGAUAAUGUGGGCGAGAUUCAGAGUGGAUGGCUGCAGGAGUUCUACGCGACCAUCCAGAGACACAAGCCCCAGUUUAUUGCCCUGCACUUCCAAGAGGUGGGGGGGAAGGACUACAUGCUCAACAUGGGCCAUGCUGAGAACUUCUUUAGGAGUAUCGAGUCCAGCGGGGAGAUGAAGACGUACGACAGGACCUGCAUCUAUGUGGACAACCACUUCAAAGCGGAGGACAGAUUUACGGCGCUGGGCAGCAUGUACUUCAUCCACGCGUCUCUGAAGGACGUCUACCAGUACGACUUCGCUGUGAAGGAUUUCAAGGUGGUGUCGGGACAGAGCAAGUUUGUGGGCUCCCUGGACGGUGUAGCCACGGUGGAGAAGGAGAAGUUUCCCAAGAACUUCUGGCCUGAUUUCAAGUGGUCGAGGAAGGGAUUCAUGAGGACUCGCUGGCUCAUACACAACCAAGGUCUGGACCUGGUCAACGUCCACCUGUUCCACGAUGCCUCCAACCUAAUCGCCUGCAACUCCAGCCCCUCCGUCUACUCUGACAACCGCAGGACAGCCCUCCGCUAUGUCAUCGACAGGAUAUCCCACAGCGCGGGUUCUACUCUGCCCUUCUUCCUCUUCGGAGACUUUAACUUCCGCCUUGACGCGCUGCGCCUGGUUCUGGACCUCUCCACAGCCACGGACGUGCAGACCGUGACCAAGGACGGCAGCAACGAGGUGGAGAAGAUCAUCUGGGAGGAGAAGGACAACGAUCAUAAGGUGGUGCUGCACAUCGAGACCAAGCUGUUUGACUACCUCCACCAGAGCGUCUUCAGGCAGGACAACGGCCAGGCGCUCCUUAAAUAUGAUAAAGAGGUCGCAGCCUUUCAUGAUGUCAUCAGGGAAGAGGAAAUCCUAUUUCCCCCAAGUUACCCCUACAGUGAGGACUACUCUGAGCCCACCCAGUACAUGACAACCCGCUGCCCCGCCUGGUGCGACCGCGUCCUCCUGUCCCCCGCGGCUCAGCGCCUCCUCCACAGGAGCGAUGAUGAAGGGGACAUGGGCGUGGUCUACAACACCCUGGGUCCUAACAUCUGCAUGGGCGAUCAUAAGCCUGUUUUCCUUUUCUUCUCCCUGAAGACAAACUGCUUCUGACCCGCACCCCUUUAAAUGGCCCGCGGGGGAGGAGUCACCAGCCCAGCAGUCUGCUCGGGGCCACGUCUUGCUGGGGGGGGGGGGGGGGGGA